AUGCCGCUGGAAGAGUUUAGAGUGGAGACCUGUACUGGAGUGUUUUAUAUUUUCUGUACGGAAAGCCUUGUGAUGGAAGACAGAGGAGGAAUGCAUCGUUCCUUACUGUGCCAAGGCCCCGCGCUAAUCACCAGUGACAAAAAAAAGAAUAAAAGACAUCUAUCCUUAUUUAAUGAUGUCUUGGUUGUAUCUAGUAAUCUGAAUAAAAAGAAGUUUAAAAUAAAAUGUAUCAUACCACUGAAUUACCUGUGGGUCAUGGACUCUGUGGACCUUGAUGAAAACUGCAGUUCCAAGACCCUUUUCCUCUUCUGGGCAACUGGAAAUUUUGUGGUGACCUUUCGUUCGAAAGAACAGAAAGACCAGUGGUACUAUUUUCUCAAAAGAUCCAUUAAAGAAGCCAAGAACGGUAUCAAGACAAAUUUUUCUCUGCAGAUAUUCACUGAGGACAUCCCAAGCUGUGAUAGUCCUUUAUGUGUAACAGCAACAAACAUCAGUACAGUGAAUGAUAUAAUUGAGAAGUUACGACCAAUGAUAAGAGUGCCUAACAUUGAAGAUUACCAACUGUGGUUCUGUCCUGGCCACGAGGAAGCUCCAAGAGCACUCCAAGGCUAUGAAUAUAUACAUGAUAUUAUGAUGAACAACCUUCAAAAAAACUUCAGUAGUUCAAACUCAAGAAUUUUCACUGCUUUUCCCCCGUUGCCUGGGCUGUUUGUGAACGACCUAUACUCAGAUUCACAGGGACAAUUCAUCUUAAAGCCCAUUGACUCAGCAAGGAUCCAACAGCCAAAUGCAAUGGAAAGAACUGAUAAGAAAGAAAGACCUUCUCGUAUAACAUCGUGUUUCCAUAGGGGCUCUGUGCCCCAACAGGACCAAGGGUGUACUGUCCCUAGAGUUAAUAAGAGUGGAAAACUCUUUGGAAAAGAGCUCAGUUCCAUUUGUCAUGCUGGCAAAGUGCCCACAGCAAUUCUGGACAUCCUGUCCCUAAUAAAUGAAAAAGGGCCCACAACCGAGGGCAUAUUUAUCAUAUCUCCCAAUGGGACAACGUGCAAAACUUUAAAGGAAAAGAUGGAUUCUGGGGAAGAGGUGGAUAUAAAACAUCAAUCAGUACAUGUGGUUGCGUGGAUCCUAAAGGAGUUUCUGCGGUCCAUCAAAGGAUCUCUGCUGACUCCUCAAUUUUACGACCAGUGUCUUGCUGUUACCCAAAUGGUCACUAACGAAGAGAAAGUAGCAGCACUGCAGAGUCUUUUAGAAAAACUGCCACAACCAAAUGCUGCUCUUCUGCGACAAGUUUUUAGAAUAUUGCAUAAAAUUGCAAGAAACUCUUCUGUUAACCAAAUGUCACCUUACCAUCUAUCAAUUGCGAUAGCACCAUAUAUCUUAUGCCUUCCUAGCUACCCCAGUGACGUCCUGGAUAAUGAUAUUGCCAAAAAGAUUUCUCUGGUAAUGUUUAUGAUCGAAAACUCCCCCCAAAUUUUCGGAGUUGACUUGGUUGUAGUUUGGUACGAAACUUCAUUUCUAUAUCCUUAUGAGGCAAAGGCUUCAUGUUCACCGACUCCCCCAUCUGAUGACGGGAACAGGAAGGAAAUGGAAAAUGAACUGAACAGCUGCCCUAGUGCCAAGAUAUGUACCCCUCGCCACAAUUCACUGAUGAAAAGUCGAUCUUUCCCUAUUCUCUAUGAUGGCAUUGUAGAAACAGAUAAACAAGAAGGCAACGUGUAUACAACCCAACCAGCACCUUCUCCAGCACCAAUAAAAGAACAAGAACUUAGUGAAUUUCCAUACAUUGUUUGCUUGCAAAGAAUGCUGCCUUCUCCUUUACUUGAUAUGUUAUCAAUAAUUGCAGAAAAGGGACAAGAUUCUGAUGAAAUAUUCACCUAUGUAAAGGAAGAAUCACACUCAUCCCUGAGGGAUAGAAUUUACAAUGAAGAACUGAUUAAUUGGAAUGAGGAAUCUGUGCUCACUAUAGCUUCGGUUUUAAGGGAGUUCAUUGGAAAUAUAAAAGGAAGCUUACUUUCUUCAGACUUAUAUGAAAAUUGGAUUAGUGUUCCUGAUCAGGACUCUCUGUUUGGAAAAAUUGCCGCUAUACAAAGUAUUCUACUGAAGAUGCCACAACGAAACUUCCUCUUGCUGAAACGUCUUAUCCGUGUGUUACUAAAAAUCAAAACCUCUUCUAAGAAUGACCUAGACACCUACAUUUUAUCUGUCCGCAUAGCUCCUCAUGUGCUGAUAGAUCCAAAUUACAAAUACUUAUUAUAUAAGAGUGACCACUCAAAAAAGUUUACUAUUAUACAAAUCAUGAUUGACAACUAUUUCGAAAUAUUUGGAAACAAUGAGAGUACAAUUUGUAAAGAAAAUCAAAAGAGUUCUGAUGACCUAAAGAUGUCACUAAAUACUGCUGCAACAAACAUCAGUACAGUGAAUGAUAUAAUUGAGAAGUUACGACCAAUGAUAAGAGUGACUAACAUUGAAGAUUACCAACUGUGGUUCUGUCCUGGCCACGAGGAAGCUCCAAGAGCACUCCAAGGCUAUGAAUAUCCACAUGAUAUUAUGAUGAACAACCUUCAAAAAAACUUCAGUAGUUUAAACUCAAGAAUUUUCACUGCUUUUCCCCCGUUGCCUGGGCUUCUUGUGAACGACCUGUACUCGGAUUCACAGGGACAGUUCAUAUUAAAACCCAUUGACUCAGCAAGGAUCCAACAGCCAAAUGCAAUGGAAAGACCUGAUAAGAAAGAAAGACCUCCUCGUAUAACAUCGUGUUUCCAUAGGGGCUCUGUGCCCCAACAGGACCAAGGGUGCACUGUCCCUAGAGUUAAUAAGAGUGGAAAACUCUUUGGAAAAGAGCUCAGUUCCAUUUGUCAUGCUGGCAAAGUGCCCACAGCAAUUCUGGACAUCCUGUCCCUAAUAAAUGAAAAAGGGCCCACAACCGAGGGCAUAUUUAUCAUAUCUCCCAAUGGGACAAUGUGCAAAACUUUAAAGGAAAAGAUGGAUUCUGGGGAAGAGGUGGAUAUAAAACAUCAAUCAGUACAUGUGGUUGCGUGGAUCCUAAAGGAGUUUCUGCGGUCCAUCAAAGGAACUCUGCUGACUCCUCAAUUUUACGACCAGUGGCUUGCUGUUACCCAAAUGGUCACUGACGAAGAGAAAGUAACAGCACUGCAGAGUCUUUUAGAAAAACUGCCACAACCAAAUGCUGCUCUUCUGCGACAAGUUUUUAGAAUAUUGCAUAAAAUUGCAAGAAACUCUUCUGUUAACCAAAUGUCACCUUACCAUCUAUCAAUUGCGAUAGCACCAUAUAUCUUAUGCCUUCCUAGCUACCCCAGUGACGUCCUGGAUAAUGAUAUUGCCAAAAAGAUUUCUCUGGUAAUGUUUAUGAUCGAAAACUCCCCCAAAAUUUUCGGAGUUGACUUGGUUGUAGUUUGGUACGAAACUUCAUUUCUACAUCCAUAUGAGGCAAAGGCUUCAUGUUCACCGACUCCCCCAUCUGAUGACGGGAACAGGAAGGAAAUGGAAAAUGAACUGAACAGCUGCCCUAGUGCCAAGAUAUGUACCCCUCGCCACAAUUCACUGAUGAAAAGUCGAUCUGCCCCUAUUCUCUAUGAUGGCAUUGAUAUGUUGUCGAUAAUUGCAGAAAAGGGACAAGAUUCUGAUGAAAUAUUCAGCUAUGUAAAGGAAGAAUCACACUCAUCCCUGAGGGAUAGAAUUUACAAUGAAGAACUGAUUAAUUGGAAUGAGGAAUCUGUGCUCACCAUAGCUUCGGUUUUAAGGGAGUUCAUUGGAAAUAUAAAAGGAAGCUUAAUUCCUUCAGACUUAUAUGAAGAUUGGAUUAGUGUUCCUGAUCAGGAAUCUCUGCUUGGAAAAAUUGCCGCUAUACAAAGUAUUCUACUGAAGAUGCCACAACGAAACUUCCUCUUGCUGAAGCGUCUUAUCCAUGUGUUAGUAAAAAUCAAAACAUCUUCCAAGAAUGACCUAGACACCUACAUUUUAUCUCUCCGCAUAGCUUCUAAAGUGCUGUUAGAUCCAAAAUACAAAUAUUUAUUAUAUAAAAGUGAACACUCAAAAAAGUUUACUAUUAUACAAAUCAUGAUUGACAACUAUUUCGAAAUAUUUGGAAACAAUGAGAAUACAAUCUCUAAAGAAAAUCAAAAAAGUUCUGAUGAAUUAAGGAUGUCACUAAAUACUGCUGGUAAGUCACCUGUUAUGGAAAAAGCCAUAGAUAUCUACAGCUAUGAAUAUCUUCAUGAUAUUAUGAUGACCAACCUUCAAAAAUACUUCAGUAGAUCAAAAUCAAGAAUUUUCACUACUUUUCCACCUUUGCUUGGGCUACUUGUGAAUGACAUAUACUCAGUUUCACAGGGAAAAUUCAUCUUAAAACCCAUUGACUCAGCUAGAAUCCAGCAGCCAAAUGCAAUGGGAAGACCUGAUAAGAAAGAACGACCUUGUAUAACAUCAUAUUUACAUAGCGGCUCUGUACCCCAACAGAACCAAGGGUGCACUGUCCCUAGAGUUAAAAAGUGUGGAAAAAUCUUUGGAAAAGAGCUGAGUUCCAUUUGUCAUGCUGGCAAAGUGCCCACAGCAAUUCUGCUGUUGGGAUCUGUAAUAACAGAUGCUUGUCCUUAUCCCACACAAGAUAUGUUAUCGAUAAUUGCAGAAAAGGGACGAGAUUCUUAUCAAAUAUUCAACUACCUACCAGAAGAAUCACACUUGUCCCUGAGAGAUAGAAUUUACAAUGAAGAACUGAUUAAUAUGAAUGAGGAAUCCAUGCUCACUAUAGCUUCAGUUUUAAGGGAGAUUAUUAGAAAUAUAAAAGGAAGCUUACUUUCUUCAGAUUUAUAUGAAAGCUGGAUUAGUGUACCAGAUCAAGACUCUUUGCUUGGAAAAAUUGCUGCUAUACAAAGUAUUCUACUGAAGAUGCCACAAUGAAACUUCCUCUUGCUGAAACGUCUUAUCCGUGUGUUACUGAAAAUCAAAACCUCUUUCAAGAAUCACCUAGACACCUAUAUGUUAUCUGUUCGCAUAUGCCCUCAGGUACUGAUAAGUCCAAAUCACAAAUACUUAGUAUAUAAGAGUGACCACUCAGAAAAGUUUACUAUUAUACAAAUCAUGAUUGACAACUAUUUAGAGAUAUUUGGAAAUGAUGAGACUACAAUUUGUAAAGAAAUUCAAAAAAGGUAUGAUGACAUAAAGAUGUCACUAAAUGCUGCUGGUAAGUCACCUGUUAUGGAAAAAAGCUAUAGAUACCUACAGUGGGAAAACCUCAUUUGCUGA